AUGUCCGUAUCAUCCAUGCACUCUGCAGCACCGUCAUCGAACAGUCGCUUCUCGAAUGAGCCAAUUCCACAACCCGAAAGCACAGAAAUGAAUCAAACAACUCGAGAUCCGGAAAAAUCUCCAAGCCCUGUCCCGGAAAUAAUCGAAGAACAAGAAACCGCUGAACCACAGCCACCUCGGCCGGUUUUACCAUGCCACAAUGUGCCUGGGUUAUGGUUUGUCAAGCUAGCCCUGGAUAACAUGGGAACCCUGAAUUGCGAUUUCCAAAUUGAUCAAGAAACGGCACUGAAGUGGAAUAUCGGCCAAACAAAUAACGAGGACGCUGUUAUUACUGACUUUCAUUCUGUUCAGGUUCCAAGAAAGAGACUGUCAUUACAAAUAUGCUCCUUUUCCAAGCAACUUGUACAAGGAGUAAUAGAAACACUCGGUACAGAUCAGACACCUGCAACCAUUGCUAGUGCUAUUUUCGGACUCGAACAAAAGUGGCCAAAUCAAGGGCAAUUGAUUGUCAAAAUAAAUCCAGAUACUGCCAACACAAAGACAUGGUUGCCCAAUAGACUUGGUCUAAAUAAUGCACCUGUCCAGAUUGAAGAUUUUGUUCAAGAAGGACAGAACGUAGUCCAGUUCAUUCAAUUGUCUGGGAUGUCUGAUAACCUGUUUGCGCUUUGCGCAUCAGAAAGGAAUGACUGA